UGCAACGACAAACAAAUCCUCCUGAACAAUUUAGCUUAGCUGUAAUAAACAAGGAUCACGUUUGCACUCCCAAUUUCCUUGUAUGGUUGUGUUAGAAUAAGGAUGAAUUAUCUGUCAUUUGCUCAUUCCCCAUUGCAUUAAUUCAAACAAUCUUCCUGGUUUUUGUGAUGCUAUUUUUAUUAAUUAAACAUUUUUGUGUAGAAGUCCUUUCAUGUUCUGAUUUAUUUGGCUGAAUUAUUUUCAAAUUUAGAUGAAUUUGUAUAGUUUCUUAAUUAAGAAAAGUAAUUAAAUGAUUUUUCUGAAUUUGAGUGAUAUAUACUUAAAUGGGACUGAAGUUGUUUUUCUUGGAAAGUCUGCUGCUAAGAAAUAUUCUGCUUAGCUGUCUCUGAAUGUAACGCUUUCUCGUUCACAAGCUUCAUAUGGUAGGCAAAGAGGAAUUGCAUGAAAGACAUUGAAAGGUGAUGUUCAUGAGUGCAAGUUCAAUCCAGAUAUACUUGUGGAGAAUUGGGUGAUUCAAAUUCAAAGAUCGGGUCUGCAGAGAUAUUCUUGAGGUUAACUGCACGAGUUUGAAGCAAAUCUAGAAUUGGAAAAGCGUUACACCCAAAUAUAGCCAGAAUGGUUGUGGCUGCUAAUGCUCUUGGCGCAGCAGCUUUGGGAGAAGGGGGUAGGUAUCAAGAAAUCCCACUUGACGCGUAAAGUAGAGGUGGCACCAAGAUCAAGUACUUGAGGAGUAGAGAUCGAUCAUCCGAUACCAGAGGAGUUAACACUGAUCAUAUGCUAUAUGGAUACUUGAUCAAGUGAUGGAGAGGAUGAUUCCCAUAUAACCUUAGAAAGCGGAAAAUCCUAUGAUUUGGGGAUGGAGAGGGAUUUUAUCCCUUGAUACCUGAUAUGGAGAGAUAUGAUCUCCAUUUGACAGUUCUCUAGAAGAUACAAUGGUCAUUUGGUGGGGCUAAGAUAAUCAAUGUUUGAUUUGUGCCUCCUAAGCAGUUCUUGCUUCUCUCUGGGAUAAUUUUUCAACAUCUUUUUAGCUGUGGAUACCAUUUCUGCAUUAUACUGCACAUUGAAAUAUCUUUAAAAUUUGGGAAUUCAAGUAAAGAUGGUAGCAAGAUCAUGCACGAAUUUGUUGGACUUGGUGUCAGGGGAUAUUUUGAAUUUCCCUCAAACUCCUAGAGCUCUUCCGCGAGUUAUGACUGUUCCAGGAAUUAUGUCUGAUGUUGAGGGUAAACAAAGUAAUGAUGAUGAUUCAAGUGCUUUUGCAUCAGAACACCGUCACAAGAUAAUCAUAGUAGCAAGUUCUCUUCCUCUCAAUGCUAAAAUGGAUAACGUAUCUGGCAGAUGGUGUUUUAGUUAUGAUGAAGAUUCAAUUUUUUGGCAGUUAAAGGAUGGUCUCUCUCCUGAUACUGAUGUUGUUUAUGUGGGAUCCCUUAAGGUUGACAUUGAUGCAAGUGAGCAAGAGAAAGUUUCUGCUCAUUUACUAGAGGAAUUCAAUUGUGUGCCUACUUUUAUUCCUUCAGACCUCCACAAACAAUUCUAUGAUGGAUUCUGCAAGCAACAUUUAUGGCCUCUAUUUCAUUACAUGUUGCCCAUGUAUCCAGGCAAUGGCUAUCGCUUUGAUAGGUCACUGUGGCAGGCUUAUGUUUCUGCUAACAAGAUAUUUGCAGAUAAAGUCAUGGAAGUCAUUAAUCCAGAAGAUGAUUAUGUAUGGGUUCAUGAUUACCAUCUCAUGGUUCUUCCAACAUUUCUGCGGAGGCGGUAUAGUCGGGUCAGGCUUGGUUUUUUCCUCCAUAGUCCAUUUCCUUCAUCAGAAAUUUAUAGAACCCUACCUGUCAGAGGUGAAAUUUUGAAAGCACUGCUUAAUGCAGAUUUAGUUGGUUUUCACACAUUUGAUUAUGCUCGCCAUUUUCUGUCAUGCUGCAGUCGAAUGCUUGGCUUGGAAUAUGAAUCCAAAAGGGGUUACAUUGGACUUGAAUACUUUGGCCGUACAAUAUUCAUUAAAAUAUUACCUGCUGGGAUUCAUAUGGGUCGACUUCAAUCUGCCUUAAACCAUCCUUCCUCUUCCAUCAAAGUCAGAGAAAUCCGUGAACAAUUAAAGGGGAAAAAACUUAUUGUUGGUGUUGAUGAUAUGGACAUAUUUAAAGGUGUAAGUUUAAAGUUCUUGGCCAUAGAACAACUCUUGCAACAAUAUCCAGAACUGCAGGGUGAGUUAGUACUGAUCCAAAUUUUGAAUCCCCCAAAUAGUAUGGACGGAGAUGUUGGGGAAGCAGAGAACGAGGCUUACAUUUCUGCCAAAAGGAUAAAUGACAGGUUUGGUUUGCCAGGUUAUGAACCUAUUAUCAUUAUUGAUCAUCAUAUUUCUUUCUAUGAGAAGACAGCCUAUUAUGCUUUGGCCGAGUGUUGCAUUGUGAAUGCAGUGCGCGAUGGUUUGAAUUUGGUUCCAUACAAGUACAUUGUUUGCAGGCAGGGUAGUUCUAUAAUGGAUGAAGCCUUAGAAUUUGCUUCUGGAUCCCCACGUACAAGUGCACUUGUUGUUUCUGAGUUUAUAGGUUGCUCACCAUCUCUUAGUGGGGCAAUCAGGGUAAAUCCAUGGGAUAUUAGUGCUGUAGCUGAAGCACUAAAUUUGGCUAUCACAAUGCCUCAUGGAGAAAAACAGUUUCGGCAUGAGAAGCACUAUAAAUAUGUUAGUUCUCAUGAUGUGGCUUACUGGGCACGAAGUUUUGAACAAGACCUAGUCUUCUCGUGCAAGGAUCAUGACAGGAAACGUUGCUGGGGCAUUGGCUUUGGCUUGAAUUUCAGAAUUUUGUCCCUCUCUCCCAGUUUUAGGAAGCUAUCCAUAGACCAUAUUGUCUCUGCAUAUAACAGGACAAAUUGCAGGGCAAUCUUUUUGGAUUAUGAUGGUACAAUUGUUCCUCAAGCUUCCAUUGUUCAAGCCCCCAGUCUUGAAGUUGUAUCGGUGCUAAAUAAUCUUUGCAGUGAUCCUAACAACACUGUGUUUAUUGUUAGUGGCAGGGGAAAAACCUCAUUGGGUGAAUGGUUUGAUCAGUGUGAGAAUCUUGGUAUAGCAGCUGAGCAUGGUUAUUUUAUAAGGUGGGGUAAACAAUCAAGUUGGGAAAUGAGACAUAUAGGCACAGAUUUUGCGUGGAAAACGAUUGCUGAACCUGUGAUGAGAUCGUAUACCGAGGCCACAGAUGGCUCCUACAUAGAGACCAAAGAGAGUGCCUUGGUAUGGCAUUACUAUAACGCUGAUCCUGACUUUGGAUCCUGGCAAGCCAUGGAGCUAUUGGAUCACCUUGAAAGUGUACUUGCAAAUGAACCUGUAGUUGUUAAGAAGGGACAGCAUAUUGUUGAAGUCAAGCUUCAGGGGAUUACUAAAGGGCUGGUUGCGCAAGAAGUGCUGUCAACACUAACCAAGAAGGGCAAAUCACCAGACUUUGUACUCUGCAUUGGGGAUGAUAGAUCUGAUGAGGAUAUGUUUGAGAGCAUAUUAACCAAACCUGAUAGUGCAACCUCCCUCUCAGCACCAGAAAUCUUUGCAUGCACUGUAGGACAAAAGCCAAGCAAAGCUAGAUACUACCUGGAUGACACUAUGGACGUGAUGACAUUACUUCGGGAUCUUGGUACUGCCUCAGGGCCUGAAUCAAGAUGUUCUACAGACACCCCUUUUGAGAAAAAAGAAGGUUGUUUUGAGAAUAUUGUUUAAAAUGCAGACCUUAGCUGUCUAGGCACCAGCAUAGGAUAAAGACAUAGUAGUUAUGGUUCAAGGUUGUUUUUACUAAGAUGUACAAAAGAAUGGUUUAGGGAAAUAGUUUUGAAUCGUGCGAUUGUAGAGAAUGUUGCGGCUUUAGGUUGCAGAAACUCAACAUAAGGGAUUAGAGUGAUUGGUUUCGAUUGGUUGGUGGGUGCAAAGGGAUGUGUCUGUUGGCUGUCGCUGUGGUUUCAAAAGGAUACUGAAUAUGUGCGUUCAUAGAUACAGAAUCUAGGCAUUCUUCCUGGACGAGAAUCCUGUAUUUGAACUCGUUCGAUUUAUACAUGAAUGUCAUCUGAGUCUCUCCAAUCAUCCAAUCAUUUACCCUUUUUGUCUGUGCGAACUACUUAUCUAUUUUUAGUUCGCACCUUGAAGGAAAUGGCGAUCACUGAAUCCCAUGCACAACUUUUUAAUACUAGAUUCACUAUUAAAGUUGUCAAAAAUAAAUCAGUUCAUGUAAUUCAAAUCUUUAUUUCUCAGAAUCUACAACUACAAUCCAUAC